AUGGUGCUCGACUUUUCCAUCACCUAUUCAGGUACUUUUUUUCAUGACCCUAUCCAUGCUAAUGAUCAUAGGCAUGCUGUAUCUUAUGCUCGCCAUCCCAUCAUUCCCACUUAUCAAAUUCCUCAUGAUGGAUUGGUUGAGUAUGGUCUUGACUUUACUCAACUUAUUCACAAUCUGGGUUGGGACUUCCUUAUCAAUGAAACGCCUGAGCAUAUCUAUCCUGAUGGUGUGCGUCAGUUUUAUUCAAAUUUUCGAUCUUUUGGCCUUGAAACUCGUACCUUCACUACCCUGGUUUAUGGCCAUCUUGUUACUAUUCCCAUUGAAGAUCUCAGGCGUCUCCUCGCAUUCCUCAAGUUGGUGAGAUUUUAG